AUUCUUCACAGGGGUUGUUCAUGUGCGACAUCGGUAACUUGUGGGACGACGAAAAUAAUAGAUUUCGAUACUCAGCUGACCGAAGGCAAUUGAACGAACUCAUAACUCAUGGUAAUUAAUUUCGGUUGGCAUGGAAGGAAACAAUGAGGAAGGGCAAAAGAAAGAAGGAGAAAAUGGCACGGAGGAGAGAGAAAGCAGACGUUCCUUACGCAGUGGUGUUGAUGAAGAUGAUGGGGAGAAGAACGAAGUAGUAGACGGGUCAGAGAGUAAGGAAAAUGAUGUACCAAAAAAUAUCGAUAAAAACACAAAGCCCCAGAGUUCUGAAGUGAUCAAAGGACCAGGUAAUGAGACUCCCGUCGAACCAAUAUCUCAAUCUAUCACACGAGAAGCUUCAGCGUCUAAUAUGACUAAAAAACAUUCCAGUUCGGCAUGUUCAGGGAAUACCUUAUCAGGACAUACUGCUGAUCCCGCAGAUGUUUGCAUGAAAGAAUCCUUACAAAAAGUUGUAGAAGUUUCUGUGGAACAACGAAGAGUUGAACAUUCGACUGCCGGACAGGGUUUACAACAUACAAGAGAAGAAGGAAAUGUAAACCCACAGAUUGAUGUAUCGUCUGUUAUUCCCAGUGAAAAAGCUCAAAAGAUGGAUCCAGGAGAAAGAGAACAACGAAAGAAUGCUGGAUCCCUUGCUGGCACUGGUGUAGGGUCUCAAAUUAUAGAUGAAGAGAAAAGUGGACAUCAGCAGAAAACAGAAUCUGCAAAUAAUCCUGGUGUAGGAUCUGAAGAAACUGAUGGGAAGGGAAGUGAAACAUCACCGACUGCUCGAUCAUCAGCCGAUUCCAUUAAAAAACCUCAACUCUCAGAUCUAUUAGAAGAUGGCCACACACGAAAAACUGAACCUACUGACAGUAUCCACCAGAGAGGAACAGAUGAAAGUAGGCUUCUACAGAAAUUCAGAACCUCUACCAAUUACGUUGAGAAUAGCCAACAGACAGGAACAGAGGGAAGGGGGACAAAACGUGAAUCUGGAACUUCUAGCAAUCCUAUUGUGAGUGGCCAACAGACAGGAACAGAGGGAAGGGGGACACAGCGUGAAGGUGAAACUUUUACCAAUCCUAUUGUGAGUGGCCAACAGACAGGAACGGAGGGAAGGGGGACACGGCGUGAAGGUGAAACUUCUUCCAAUCCUAUUGUGAGUGGCCAACAGACAGGAACAGAGGGAAGGGGGACACGGCGUGAAGGUGAAACUUCUACCAAUCCUAUUGUGAGUGCCAAAAAGACAGGAACAGAGGGAAGGGGGACACAACGUGAAGGUGAAACUUCUACCAAUCCUAUUGUGAGUGGUCAACAGACAGGAACAGAGGGAAGGGGGACACGGCGUGAAGGUGAAACUACUACCAAUCCUAUUGUGAGUGCCAAAAAGACAGGAACAGAGGGAAGGGGGACACAGCGUGAAUGUGGAACUUCUACCAAUCCUAUUGUGAGUGCCAAAAAGGCAGGAACAGAGGGAAGGGGGACACGGCGUGAAGGUGAAACUACUACCAAUCCUAUUGUGAGUGCCAAAAAGACAGGAACAGAGGGAAGGGGGACACAACGUGAAGGUGAAACUUCUACCAAUACUAUUGUGAGUGGCCAACAGACAGGAACAGAGGGAAGGGGGACACGGCGUGAAGGUGAAACUUCUACCAAUCCUGUUGUGAGUGGCCAACAGACAGGGACAGAGGGAAUGGGGGCACAGCGUGAAGGUGAAACUUCUCCCAAUCCUGUUGUGAGUGCCAAAAAGACAGGAACAGAGGGAAGGGGGACACAACGUGAAGGUGAAACUUCUACCAAUCCUAUUGUGAAUGGCCAACAGACAGGAACAGAGGGAAGGGGGACACGGCGUGAAGGUGAAACUUCUACCAAUCCUAUUGUAAGUGCCAAAAAGACAGGAACAGAGGGAAGGGGGACAAAACGUGAAUCUGGAACUUCUAGCAAUCCUAUUGUGAGUGGCCAACAGACAGGGACAGAGGGAAUGGGGACACAGCGUGGAGGUGAAACUUCUACCAAUCCUGUUGUGAGUACCAAAAAGACAGGAACAGAGAGAAGGGGUACACAACGUGAAGGUGAAACUUCUACCAAUCCUAUUGUGAGUGCCAAAAAGACAGGAACAGAGGGAAGGGGGACACAACGUGAAGGUGAAACUACUACCAAUCCUAUUGUGAGUGCCAAAAAGACAGGAACAGAGGGAAGGGGGACACAGCGUGAAUGUGAAUCUUCUACCAAUCCUAUUGUGAGUGCCAAAAAGGCAGGAACAGAGGGAAGGGGGACACGGCGUGAAGGUGAAACUACUACCAAUCCUAUUGUGAGUGCCAAAAAGACAGGGACAGAGGGAAUGGGGACACAGCGUGAAGGUGAAACUUCUACCGAUCCUGUUGUGAGUGCCAAAAAGACAGGAACAGAGAGAAGGGGGACACAACGUGAAGGUGAAACUUCUACCAAUCCUAUUGUGAGUGCCAAAAAGACAGGAACAGAGGGAAUGGGGACACAGCGUGAAGGUGAAACUUCUACCAAUCAUAUUGUGAGUGGCCAACAGACAGGAACAGAGGGAAGAGGGACACGGCGUGAAGGUGAAACUACUACCAAUCCUAUUGUGAGUGCCAAAAAGACAGGAACAGAGGGAAGGGGGACACAACGUGAAGGUGAAACUUCUACCAAUCCUAUUGUGAGUGGCCAACAUACAGGAACAGUGGGAAGGGGGACACAACAUGAAGGUGAAACUUCUACCAAUCCUAUUGUGAGUGGCCAACAGACAGGGACAGAGGGAAUGGGGACACAGCGUGAAGGUGAAACUUCUACCAAUCCUGUUGUGAGUGCCAAAAAGACAGGAACAGAGAGAAGGGGGACACAACGUGAAGGUGAAACUUCUACCAAUCCUAUUGUGAGUGCCAAAAAGACAGGAACAGAGGGAAGGGAGACACAGCGUGAAUGUGAAACUUCUACCAAUCCUAUUUUGAGUGGCCAACAGACAAGAACAGAGGGAAAUGGGUCCCAACAGAAACCAGAAACGUCUGCCAAUCAUGUCCUCAAAGAUCUAAAGAUGGAUCAAUCUACUAAAAAGCCAAUUUCAGGAUCCACAGACGCAAGGGAUGGACGUCUGGCUACGGAAAAGUGUGUUGAAAAGUCUGAAAAAGAAAUGAGAAAAGAAGAAAACAGAGCAAAUGAAGAAAAGAUUCAAACUGAGGGCAUUGCAGCUAAUGAAGGCAGUGCAGCAAGCCAUGAUUUUCAACAUUCCGAAGAUCCAACAAAGAAGGACACCGAACGUCCUGUAUCUAUUUCUCUUUGUACAUCGGCGUAUGAGUUCAAUGUCCGAGGUCUGUUGACCUUCUUGAGAGAUUUGAAAAAUGUUAUGCUCAAGGAUGGCCAUAACCUGAUCAAAGACGUCAAGGUCCAUGAACUUCCAUACAACAACCUUGAUAAUUAUGAAUUCUCCGCAAACAACCCGGUGGAUGUUAUGAUACUGUGUCACUCCAUCAACAACCGAAGGUUCGCCAUCACAGAUGUAAUGGAUGCCCUCUACGAUAAAUACCUUCCGUACUGCCAGAGGGUCAUAGGAAAGAAGAAAAUGGGAGUCAUCGUCCAUGACUUUGAUGACAUGAGAGAAUCAGUUCAGUCAUCUCGCACGAGGUCAUUUGAAUACAAACAACCGACUGCCUUCGAGACUACCAGCCUUCAGAUAUUAUGUGGACAUAUCGAGACGAAAGAGCAGGUCAGGAAACAAAUGCAACUAGCGGACCAGGACAAGCUGAUUAACUUCAUCAAGGAUGCGUCAAAAUGGCCAGAAUACAUGAAAACUGAACAACUUGAUGACAGUCGAUUUGCAAGGGGCAAUUUUUUUACGAGGCCAUGGUCAUUUCCCAGCUUUACACGAUCAAAAUCGUCAGUAAUUGGCAGUAAAGAGAGCACAUGGGAAGGAUCCAAUGUGGACCCCCAAAAAGACGAGGGAUGGACUGAUCUUGGUGAAGAUCAGAAUGGAAAGACGAAACGACCGGCAGAUGAUGACCAUUCUCAAAGUUAUGACGCUAAGCGUUCAUGUGGGCCUACUUGUGCGACGAACCUUUUGUCGAAGACAAGUCGUUCCGAUGGUUCUCACCAGAUAGCUCAGACAUGUCAGACUAGAAUAGAUGAACGGAAGGGUGUAUCUAUCAAAGGACAAAUGCCAGACUCAAGCAACGCAACGGCAAAGACACAUCCUCAAGGCUCCCCAAGUCCGCAACCAAUGACAAAAAGUUCAAAAGAAGCAGUUUCAUUCACAACAUCAACGCCCCGUACUAUCUCAAUUUCAGUCUGUUCUUCGGCCUAUGAGCACAACGUUCAAGGAUUCAUAACCAAGCUCAAUGAGUUGAAAACAAGUCAGCCUCAUAUGAUUUCUGAUGUCCGUUUUCGAAGCUUACCGUACAACAACAUUGACUCGUUCAAGUUUCCUUCAAACGACCCUGUUGAUGUGAUGGUUCUCUGCCAUUCAGUUAAUAACAGAGGAUUUUCAAUCACUGAUGUCGUGAAUGCUCUCUACGGAAAAUAUCUUCAGUAUUGUCACGAAGUGAUUGGUAAAAGGAAGAUGGCAGUAGUUGUUCAUGACCUUAGUGACUGCAAGCCAACGAUCCUUGAGACCAGGAUGAACGCAUUCAAGAGGUCACAACCUUUGACAUUUGAACUUGCUGACACAGUAAUGGUGUGUGGUAGACUGGAAGACCAAGGCAAUGUGGAAAUCAGAGAUGAGGAUUGGACUAAACUAAUAACAUUCUUGGAAAAAGCAAGGUUUGAACCAAAAGAGAACAAGGCCGAAACACAAGGAGCUUUGAAAACCUGGAUGGGUUCAUUCUGGUAGUAUCAGCAAAUACUACUAAGAUACCAAGUGGAGCAGUUCUAAAAGGAAAAAAAAGAAGGAUACAAAGGUGAAAAUGAGAUUAAUGAAUAGCUGUUCUCAUUGCAUAUAUUCUACAAGCCCUAUCCUCAUGAUCAUAUGAUACAUAAUGAUAAUUAUAUUAACUUCAAGGUAAAGCGAAGCUAUACGCUGUAUGUUAGGAUUGCAUAAUAAAGAACAUGUACUUUUUUCCGAAUUGCGCCAAGAUUUCGUUUCCAACACUUCACAAAUUUCACAUUAAGUUCCUUUGUAAGUUGCAUUACCUGAUUCCAUGAAAUCGAUAUAGUAUUACAUGUAUGUAAUCAAAAUUAGCGUAAAACAAUGGAACCUAGAAAAGGUUAUCAUGGUCGGAGUUUAAGAAAGUUAAGUGAUUAACAAGGCGCCAGAAUUGUCAAGAUUUUGUUUGAUAUUAUUUUUUCCUUAAUAUAGUUGACUUAGAUAGAAAAUAUACAUACACGAAUCACACAUCACCAUUUUAGACUCUUCUUUCUUUCUCUUUUCCCCUUAAAACUCGACUCCCUCUUUUCACUACUUGAAACAUCAUAACUGGGGCUACCGUUGUAGUUGCAAUAAUGGCAACUUGUUACUUACCAUUAUUGCAACUACAACGGUGGCCUUGAUGGUAAAUGGCUGCCAAGCCCUGUUAAAGGCCCCCUCACACCUAACCAAAUUGCCUGAAAUAUGCCUUGCGAUGGCUGGCGAAAAGCAUUUUUUAAUCGUUUUCAAUGGUAACUGAUGGUAAAUCAUAUUUACCCUUCGUGUUUGGGUUCGUACACCUUCUGAACUAACAGCUGCGAAUCUGCGAUUAUUCACAUUCGCGCGGAAAUUUUUAACCAGUUUAAAAUUUCCAGACGAAUUUACUAAUCGUUGGUCAUCUGUAAAUCGUUUAUUUAUCGUUCGUGUGUUUUUGUCGCGCAUAGUCCCUCAUCGCGCUUUUGCCAUAGUGGACCGAUCUCGAAAGAAAUCCUUAAAGGGGAAUGAAACCUUUGGAAAAAUUAGGCUUGUGUCGAUAUAGAAAAAUCUAAGAAUAAGGACAAAGAAAGUUUGAGAAAGAUCGGACAAAUAAUGAGAAAGUUAUGAGCAUUUGAAUAUUUCAAUCACUAAUGCUAUGGAGAUCCUCCCAUUGGCAAUGCGACAAGGAUGUGUGAUGUCACAUGUGAACAACUUUCCCUUUGAUGGACUGUAAAAUACCCCCAAAAUGUUUGUUUUUGCUUUUUCUUAUGGUGAUACAAACUCUUUAUCCAUGAUGUAUUCUUUAAAAAUUUGUAUUGUAUGCCCUCCUAUAGAAAGAACACAUGAUCUACUGAUAGAUGUGAUAAAAGGGGCAGUUUAUCGCCUUCGGCUGCAAUUUACUCGAAUAUGUGAACCGAACAAUCGAUAUCCUUCGCAUGUCAUAUUUAUCCUUCGCUUAACGUUCGUUGAUAAAAUUUGACAAUAGCUACUGAUCGCAUGAUUUGACGGAAAUUUUAUUUGAAUUCGUUGAAUUCGCGUGCAUUUUGUGCAUUUUCCUAUUCGUCACCCUUCGUCCGUCUACAUUCGGUCAGGUGUGAGGGGGUUUUAAUACUAUGUCAGUUGCUAUGCUGGUAAAGUUACAAUAGUUGUAAUUCAUUAUACGAAACGGACCACUUAACAUGUUAACUGGAAUCAAAUCCACACUUAUCAUUCACCGAUAAUGAUAAAAUAAAAAUCAAAUUAAGCUUCAUGUUUCUGAUUUCGUUUGAUGUGACGACUAUAGCUUAAUCUUGUAAAGGUGAACUCGUAUAUUUACAUCUACAUAACUUUGUAAAUAAUUGGUUGAAUGUGAUUGUUAAAAGCAUUACGUGAUCGUGAUUCAGAUAAGACUAGACUAUGAAAGAUGAACUAUUUCCUUAACAAUCUCACCAUGAUGAUUUAUAUUUACAAAUCAGAGCCGAAUCAACGGACGGAAAGGGGGGGGGGGGGCGUCGCUCAAGCGUCCCCUCCUCCCCCUGAACAAAAGUAGAUAUGGGAAAUAUUCUCUAACCUUGUUUUUCUUCUUUCUUUUCGCUUGUCGAAGUCCUGCAACAAAGGAAAGUCCCCACCGCUUUUUGUACAUACUUUGCUUGUCAGAUUGUUUCGGGGAGGAAAAUUAUUACCCCUUUUCUCGAAUAGAACCGUGAUUGGACGAAGUGGAGACUCCUCACCCCUUUGAUUUUUAAGAGUUUGUCAUUACAUUUUCAUUUUUGAAAUAUCUAUUUUCAUCGGUAGCAUGUACUUGUGUUCGUUUCAAAAGUAUGGAUAAUUAUAGCAUUAACCACAAGUUUUAUGAUAACACACUAGCUCUUAUUCUACGAUGUUGGUCCAAAGGAUAUAGAUUUGGUAUUAUAAGCCCCCGCCCAUGUAGAAAAGAAUACAAUAUUUGAUGCUUACUGUAUUAUUUGUUUUUCAAAUAUAAAUGUAAAAAAGAGUGUUUUUGUGCAUUUGAUGUUCUGAUUCCAUGAGCUCUUGGUAUUUUGGAUGUAAACAAUUCGUAUCAGAAUAAAAUUUAUUGCAGGGGGGUAGAGCUCUGUCUUUCCGAAAAGACAUUUCAUUUUUGAUAACUAUCAUCCAAAGACGUAAGUUUGAAUAUCCUGGAUGUUACUCUGUAUGCUUAAAGGCGUCAGUAUGGACAACUUUUCAUUUAAAGCACAAUAUAAUUAUGGCCUAUUUCGAAGUUGUUAUCAUGAAUAUCCGGCCACGAGUAUAUACGACCAACACCUAUGAAGUCCGCCACGCCUCACCGCACGCAUCAUCUGUGAUAUUCCUCUCUCUCUCUCUCUUUGAAAGGGAUCGAAGUUCACCCUGACAAAAAUUGUAAAACUAAGAAAUAAUGGUGAAGCACAGAGGAAAAUCCAUCAGAGAUUUGAAAUGUUAUCACAAUUUUAUUCUAAUUAAUUUGUAAUGUCAUAUCCGAGCAGCUUCCUAUGUAUCGUGAAUUAAGAAUGAAAUAAUUGAAGUGUUCUUUCAUAUGAAUAAAAAAAUGAAAAUGGGCUUUAUUGUACCUUUAGUAAAUUAACAGACAAAAUAUUUAACACCCGCUCAAGAAUGAAGAAAAUUUUCAUUCAUCAUGAACCAUUGAAAAAUGUAAAUAUAAGUAUUUUAUAUUACAUUACAUACGGAACAGCUGCUCGUAUAUGACGCCACCAAUCAAACAUUUAAGAUUAUAUUAAUUUUCUUAAUCUUUGAUGGAUUUUCCUCAAACCUACACCAAUAUUUUUUAUUACAUUUCUGGGUCCCGUAACACAAAGGUUAGCGGUUAAUCGUAUGCUUGAUUUUCACGAUUAAUGUUUUGAGGGAGAGUGGAAAUACUCUCAUUUAUUUCUUUCAAUAAUAUAUACAUGUAAAAACAUACAAAUAUCAUACAUUAUUUUGAACAUAAAUAUACAAAUAUAAUCAUGAAACAUUAAGAUGAGAUUUGAAAAAAAAAAUAAUGAAAGAAAAAUGUAUCCCAAAAAGCCUCAAAGGCUUGCAAAAAGGGAGACCAAGAAUAAAAACAUAAGAGUGGUUAUAGAAAAUGAUUUACAAAUAGAACAGAGUACCGGAAUGCGUCGCCACAACAGUAAUAUUAGAGUUUGAUUGCAAUGAUCGGCGGGCACGUCGUCAGUACUUUCUUUCAAACCAAGACACUGACGACAUGCCAGCCGGUCACUAAGUGAAUCAAUUAAGAAAAAAACAAACAAGAAAAUUAGGCUGCGUUUAAAAAAAAAUUGAUUGAUUGAUUGUACAUUGUAGUCAAUUGAAUCAAUCGUAGAAAAAAGUUCUACGAUGAUUGCUAAGCUGUGUGUUACGAGCCACUGGUUUUUUUUAUAUCAAAAUCUUUCGUUAGGGAUAACUUCUCCUUUAAUUCUAACAGAUAGUUGCUCAUCUGUACGUAUACCUAUAUCUCAUUUAUUCAAUCCACAACAAGUAUAUUAAAGACAAAGACUAGACAUAUUAAAUAAUCAUUUAUUAUGUGAAGUGGAUUAAAGGCCCCAUCACUUUAAGGUUUUUAUUCUUACUUGAUAUGUGUUUUCAGUUCUUAUUUCAUAUUUUCAUCUCUCAGCUGUUAUCUCUUGUUUGGUGAUAAAGUGUUGCAAUAAACCUGCUAAUAUGUUCUGAA